UGUGCGGAUUGUGGUCGAUCAUGAGGCACGUUAGAUACCAAAAAAAUUAGUAUAAAGUUCUAGCAUGUACAAGGAAUUGGAGUGCAGCAGCCUCGUGCUAGAGCUAGACAUUUGCAUCGGAAUUAAACCAUGGCAUCCCCCCAUCAGAGUGGUGUUCUUGAUAGCAACUUCACCGUGAGCAAAGAAGAAGGGAAGAAGGAAGUGAUCACACUCAACACCAAAGCGAUCAGUAUAAUAUGGGGUGGCGAGAGCUGCAGGGGCCGGUACUGGCGGAGGACCCCCAUCAACUCCUUUGAGGUCGCCGAGCUCGUGAGCGUCUACUGGCUCGAGGUCACCGGCAAAGUUCCCCUCAACAACUUCAGCCCAAGCACCACGUAUGCGUUCUUCGUUACCCUCAAGCUCAAGCCAGGGGCCUCCGGUUGGGACAACUCUCCGGUGAUAUUUAGUCUCAAAAUGCCGGGAGCGGUCGUGUCGUCAAAAGCAGUCAAACUGCAUGAAUACAUGGGACAAGACUGGGUGGAUGUUCCUCAAGGAGGGAUGCAGUUCACCGUACCUAAGGACGUCUCUGGGGAACUUUCCUUUGCCAUGUAUGAAAUUAGGGGUGAGAAGUGGAAGAAAGGUUUGAUGAUCAAGGAAGUGAAAUUUAGCCAACUUUAAACGUCUAUAUAAUAUAUAUAUAUAUAUAUAUAUAUAUAGGUGGCAGUCUUCCUCUUGUACCAGUUUUCUCUUGAGUAAAAAAUAAGCAGAAUUUGCACCUACUUAUGCUUUCAAUCAUUUGAUCUAAAAAUAGCAGUCAGGUCUUUGCUGCUGAGUGCUGACACUGGUUUGUGUAAUAGCAUGUAAACAUAAGGAAGCUGCAGUUAUCUUGCCAUAUCGUACUAAUUAAACUACUAGUUGUCUAAAGAUGGAUGAAAUACAUUUGUAGUCUACAUUCCGGUCUACA